AAACUAGUUUAAUUUUUUUUAUCUCUUUGAAAUCGUACUGAACUCGAGCGCGUCGUGAUCCGGUCGGAACGAACUGGCGACUGUCUGGCGGCAUUUUGUGUCAGCGGCAGGGGAACCAGCAAUUAACAAAGCGAAGAGCUAAGAUCAACGGGAGGCGUUUAUUUACUAUUGGAAAACGCUUAGUUGUUCUAAUUUAGUACUGCAGUGCCUUAUACAAAACAUCACAAUAAGGGAACAAUGGUUUGAAGAAAGUACAGCCACUUUAUACACCUGUUCUGUGACGUUCCUUAAAUACAAUGCUAAAGAUGAAGACCUACUACUUUAGCCUUCUACUAAUAAGCCCUAUAAUUUUUAAAAACAGUGCAGCUAAUAAUGAUAUAGAUACAGAUGAAGCCUACACAGUUUGUGCCUAUCAUAAAGGGACUAUAGAACAUUUAAUAGAUGAUGGUCCAGAGGAAAUUGAUCUAGAACCUACUGAAAACUCAUUUAGGAAGUGCAAGGGCUAUUGCUAUACCCUUUGGCAAGAAGAUGGAGAGAAUCGGUCCAUUGUGAUGAGUCAAGGUUGUUGGGACCUAUCAGGUGAACCAAGUGAAUGCGACAAAUCCGCUUGUUUAUCAGACAAACCACCGCUCCAGGCACUUAACAACACCAAGUUUUGCUGUUGUUCCAAAGACAAAUGCAAUGUUGACUUUAGUGACAUUUAUGUGCCUACACCGGUACCUCCCACUACCUCUACGGAACCUUCCAAGAAAGAGCCCAGUAUUAGUAUUUUCAUAUGGACAGCACUCGCGGUAGUAUUUACUUUUAUUGUGCUUACUGUGAGUGUUACCGUUUAUUACUUUUGGAAGCGAAAACCGAAGAAGAGUGAUUUGGAAACUGGGCACCAUACUGUGGAGUCGCCGACCGAUUAUAGUUUGGAUAAGUUGAAGCUGGUGAAUAUUAUUGGCCAAGGAAAAUAUGGUUCCGUAUGGCGUGGCUUAAUCGACGACCAAGAGGUCGCAGUAAAAAUCUUCCCGAGCCACUAUCGCAAUUGCUUCUUCAGCGAGCAAGAAAUCUACAAAGCUGUAGGGGACCAUCCUUGCAUCCUAAAAUGUUUCGGAGGCGGCGAAUACUCCAGAGUCCAGGGACAUCCGGAGUUCGCUUUACUUCUGAGCAUCGAACAGGAAAGUUUACAAGAAUACUUGAAAAACAACACCAUGGACCUGCCGACUUUAAGUAAAAUGAGCCUCGAUAUCGCCAAAGGACUGGCACACUUGCACAGCGACUUAGGAAAACCUUGUGUCAGCCAUAGGGACCUAAACACGAAAAAUAUUUUGGUUAGAAGCGACUUGUCUUGUUGUAUUUGUGACUUGGGAUUGGCCAUUAUACCGAGGAGUGCGGAAAGUAAGGCGCUUAGUGAAGCUGGUACAUUGAGGUAUAUGUCUCCGGAGGUUCUGGAGGGCGCAGUAAAUCUUCGAGACUGUGAAAGUGCCCUUAAGCAGACUGACAUGUACGCUUUGGGUUUGGUGCUUUGGGAAUUAGGCACCCGCUGCGCUGAUAUGCAAAAUUCUGAACCGCAAGCUUAUUCGCCUCCAUUUUAUAAAGAAACUGGUGAAAACCCAACUUUAGAACAAAUGCAAAAUCUAGUCAGCCGUCGUAAAUGUCGUCCAUUGUGGCCGGUAUCAUGGAAAGACACCGCCGCCGCUAGAUUACUCUCCGAAACUGCGGAGGAUUGUUGGGAUCAGGACGCAGAAGCACGUCUGACAGCCUUAUGCGUGGUCGAACGCUUCUUGGACUUACCCAACAUGAAGGGACGUGUACUGCAUCCGAGCCAUCCUCCGGCCAGCCCUACACCCCUUAUCAAUAACAAUCAUCUGCAUGAUAACGGCUUAGAUAUCUCGGCUGCCACUGUUGAUACCCUACUCUCUCCAACUGUAGAGGAAUAUUGCAAGAAUUCGAAUCAGCUGGUCGUUUGUGCUGUUCCCUUACAGCCACAUCAAGGUAGAAACCCAUGCCUAGAACGUAACCUCCUUACGGGUUCCAGCGACAGCUUACUUAUAGAUAAAUCCUCCAAGCAUUGCACCUCCUCAGAUUCCCAAAACCUCAUACCCAACGAACUGUUAAACUAUCAAGUGAACAACCGGGCGAACCCAAUACCAUACGUGCAAAAUCCGGUGUAUGGGUUCCCAAAACAACAAAAUGUGGCGCAGCCGGUCGCUGUCGCCAACAAUAACCAUCGGAAGAAGUUCAAGUGGAGCGCAUUUAAAAAAUUGUUGCAUUCGAAGAAGAACAGCGAUAAUCGGGUGCAGAAGGAGAUGGAGGUUAGGUUGAAGAAUAAAGUUGUUAAUGGCAUCGGACAACCUGGUGUUACUACAGCCCUACUAGGAGACGUAGAAGUAAAAAGGCCAUGCACCUUAGGCCUUUCGAUCGCGAAACCACAAGAGUUCACCAACAACAGUGGCGUGACCCAAAUUUUAAAAGGCAGCAACAGUUUAUCGCGGCAAAGAUCCCUCGAACAAUUCACCGAGGUUUUUUCUUCGACGACUGACCUCUCCCGACUGAAAGAUCCUUCACAAAGAGUGAAGACACCGGGCGAUGUUCCUCCCUCUGUGAGAAAGACCCGGGGUAAAGCGGCGACGAAUUCCGCUCGUUUCUCCCUAUACGACGACAGGAUGAUGAGCAGAAAUUCGUGGGGCAGCGCCCCGAAUCUCGAUCCUCCCUCGGUAGUACAGGAUCAGAUUAAUAGUGAAAACAGUGCUAGCGUUAGUAGUUUUUAAGAAUGUAAGGUAAGAAAUGAUUAUUUUGUUUCUGAUUAAUUCCAUUUUUAAGUAGAAAGGUAUGGAUGUUAAGGAAUCGCAGGUGAUUAAUGAAAUCUAUUGGCCAUUUCAACCAUUUUAUUUAAGGAAAUUUUCAGUAAUUAGUUAGUACUAAAAGCUAAGGAGAAUCAAUGGAAGUUAAAUAAAAAAAUAAUGCCAAGGUGCUAAACUCUAGUUUAAAACAAAAAUUCUUCAAUUCAUUAUCAAGAUAUAUUUAUCAGGAAAUGAAAUUUCAGAGGAGGCUAUUUGUUAUUUCCUCCUCCCUUUUUUAAUAUAAUACUUUUCUGUUUUGGUUUUGGAUAGGACAGUUAAUCUGGCAUUAAAACGUUCAAAAAUAUCCAAACAGCUUUUAUUUUGCUAGUCGUUACUGGUCUAUGAGGGUAGCUUGAAAACGAAAAUGUGUAUUCUCCCACCUUGUCGUUUUUUGUUGAAAUCAAAAAAUUUUAGAAUUUGAUAUUCUGGCUGAACCAUUAGGCAUACAGAAAAAAUAUAAAUAAACAAAAAUUGAAAGUGACUAAAUUCUUAACAAUUUACCUUCAAUAAAAACAAGGUAAAAUGUGUAAAAGUGAACAAAAUAAUUCGUUUUUUAUUAAUAUUUGUUGGUAACUUAGACUCAUUCAAGCGCGUUUUUUUUUCAGUAUCUCAUUUUUCAAUAUCUCUUUCCUAUUUAGUAUAAUACAUAGUCUUAGGGUCAUCUUCAAAGCUAUUUUGUGAUAUCCGGGGAAAAGCGCAUAAGGAAACACAAGGAUCUAUUUAGAUACAUACAGGUAUUUAUUGAACAUCUCGGAGCAAUGUGCAUCAAUAUUACAGAUGCACAACAUUGGAAUUACUUAAUGACAUUAAUUGACAAAGGUGGCUUCUCCUCACUUCCUUUUACCAGAGGAUCUACAACAAAACAUUUUAUCUACCAGUCUUCUUAUAUGCAACUGGCCUAGGUUCAUAAAAAGUAGGAUCUUAUUGCAAAGCAAAAUAAUAGACGAAGGGUCCUGUUUACUUCACAAUCUUUAUUUCAAGAAUCCCGACGCGUUUCGGUUGUUAAACCAUUGUCAAGGGAAAGUACUUCACCCUGGAGAAAUUUAUGGUAAUCUUAGGAUCUAUUAAAUCAGGGAAUCAACAUUAAUCUAUAAAGAUUGUAAGCUGUUACACAUUUUUUAUGUUAUAUUAAACAUUUUUAGCCAAUCAUGGCCUAAAAUGUUUGUACCUUCAUUUUUAAUUAGAUAAAGGGCAAUUAUGUUAUUCAUAUCUUUGUACCUCAAAUGGACAACAAAAGAUUUUCAGCGAUAAAGGUGGUACUACCAUAUACCAAUUUUGAAAGACAUAUAAUAAACUUUACGAUUUUUUAAAUAAACUUUACGAUACUGAAAAAAAUUAAAAUUUCAUUACUAAAAAUAAGCAAUGUAAAGAAUAAUAAGGAGCCUCACUAAAAACGGUGUUUUUUUUACAAAUUAACAUUUUUUUAACGUGUUUUAUUUACAAUACCCACUAAUAUAAUAGUUGAUUCUAAGGUUUGUAAACUAAUUCUCUAGUGCCGUGACGCAGUAACGGUACACAGCUUUAAAACCAAAUUUCUAGGUGUGACACUCAUAUUGUAGUUAACGUCUUAAAGGCAUAUCAGGAAAAAGUGAACAAAGUCAAUAAAGUGAGCUAUGUGAGCUGUAUAUUAUUCAAAAAACGUUAAAAUAGAAGUUUAAAGAUUUUAUUUUACAAAUAUUUGUACAAAUUUUCAACUGUCUAUCUUUUUUGGUUUUUAAGUUAUGUCCAAUAAUUCCACAAACAAAACUACCAUCAAUGGUUCUUUGAAAGAGCAAAAGCUGCCAGAUUAACUGUACUAAGUUUUCAUAAACAAAACCAUAAAUUUGACUUCGUCAGAAUACUAUUUUUGGAUAUUAGUGUAUUUAUUCCAUUAAAAAAAUAUUUCAGGAAAUAUUCCUUAUCAAAUAAAAGAAUAAGCAUGACUCUUGCCUUUGACUUCUGCUGAUGUGUGUUUCAAUGUCAUUCAAAAAAUUAAUUUUUAAAUAUUUUUUAUAUGAUUCUUUAAUUGCGUGCAAACUGUUACAGGAUUUUUUGUCUAGUAAACUAAAUUUGCAAUUAAUCGUCUCAUUUGCAAUUUAUUACUUUAUAUUAAUUUAUAUUUUUAAGUAAAAAAAUUGAUAGAAGAAAAUCAUAAAUAUUGACAAUAUAGAUUAAACAUAAAGUGAAAAUAAGUAUUCCAACUCUUAUAUUCUCAAUCUGGAAAUCAAGUUCUAACUAUUUUUAAAGGAAUCUAGUGAGCCUCCAGAUCAAUCAAGAUAGAAACGUUCAUAAAAUUCAAUAAUCUAGUUUAUGGACGAUUCAGACCAUAAUUCGUUCCAUGAAAACGUUUUAUUUCGUUUUAAAGUACGUACUGGUACUUUGGAGCCAAUAUGUUCCAAAAAUCAAGACCACUUCCACCAGCCUUUCUUCUAUGAGAUAAUGACUGUAUCUUUAAUUCUGGGUUUUGAUCAUCAAAUCUGGAAUUUCUCAAAAGGUUUAUAAUUUAUUCUGAACAUUUUUAAUGUGUACAGCAAAAAAUAAAAUCCCUACUAAAGGAUGUAAUUUGAUCUCGGAAAAAAAUCUCUAAAACAUAAUCGCCUGUUCAAACAAACCGUUUUCGUCACUUUUUGGAUGUUUUUAUCCGAUUUUGAUGUUAAGCACCUCCUUAUCAUGAUGGCUCGUGUUUUAAAUCUGCAUUUUUUUCAUAUAUUUUGGUGCGAAUGGCCAACACUUUUCACCUCGUUUUCGUGUACAUAUUAAAGUGAUGAAUAAUAUUCCAGCAUUAGAACAAAUGCAAAGUUAUUAUCUUAUUUAAAGUUUAAUCAAACAUAUUUUUUUAUCUCGAAUUUCACCAAAUUCGUAGAUUUUAUUAAAGAUAUACUUUGUCGAUGAUAUUGUUAAACUUCCUUUGUUUUAUCUACGGAUAAAAUCCGAAUUUUAUUUAUUUCAUUUUGUACUUAAAUUUAAUCAUAAACUUAGAGUAAGAGGAAAAUAUAUAUCUGCCUAAAUAUGAGGCCUUUAAAAUGUAAACUAAUCGUAAAACUACUAUGUAAGUUUACUAUUUGAACUGGUUAUAUACUAUUUAGGUUUUAUACUAAGAUGUGUGUAAAAUUGACGCCAUAUUAGAGUCCUUAAAUGUAAGAUUUUAUUAAAAAAAAAACUAAUAUAAGGCACAAAAAAGUGUAGAAUUAAGAUGCAUUUUUUUUGCUUAAUGAUGCAAUAUUGUGUGCAUAUAUGUCGGUGCAGGAUUUGCUAUAUAAAAUAAUUUUAAAAUAAACAGUUUAUAUGGAAAUAUGAACUCAUUUGUUUUGUUUUUAAGAUGCAUACGUCAAAACUCUUAAUGAUUCUGGAACGAGCAGUUUUUCCUGAAUUUUUGCUAUAUUACCUAUAAAAUUUUCAAUUUCAAUCACUUUGACGAUAGUUUUACUGAGUGCUGCUAGCAGCCUUUUGACCUACUGGAACUAUUAAAAAAAAAACAAAUUGUCAUCUUAAAAGAAAACACUUUAGAACAAUCGUUCAUAUAAACGUUUAGGAUAUAGAUGAAACGAAACCUGUGCUUUUAUUUAGUUAAAUCAUAAGGUAGGAAAUAUAUUGAUCUCUGUUAAAAACGAUUGAAUUGUUAUUGUAAAUAUUGGUACAGUAUGGUAGCUUUAGGUGUAAAAAUAAUCACGUUUUCAUAAAGUAUGAGAUUGUAAAUACUAAACUGUUGACUUCUUGGAACGAUCUAAUAAAAUACAUCUUCUAAGAAUGAAUUUGAAAAUAAUCUUAUUUGCUAUAUAGAGGGUAGAGAAGCCAGAAAGUAAAACAGCCAGAAAAUGCGUUUCUUAACCCCUGAAACGGCGUUGCCUGCCAGUUGUGGGUUUCAAUGGAUCACUCUCUUUAUAAUAUAGAAUUUCUUUAAGAACAUAUUAAAUCGAUCCAUGAUGUCGACGUCUUAGAGAAUAUGUGUAACUGAAUUCCAGCUUUAUUGGUUUGACCAUUUACUUAAGAUCGACAAUGUUUUCUGCUUUUUUAUGUAGUAUAAGGCGUUUAAAAUAGUUUAUAAUAAACCAUAUUACCUAAA